GCGCGAUCGAGGCUAUAACUCCGCGCACCGGCCCGCAGCGGUGCAGCGCAGCCUCGUAUCGCAUUGGUACUGCGCGCCCGCUGGGAGCCUCGGACCUGCUGUGCUGUUCAGCUCGCACCGUCCCGCCAAGGCUGCGCUGCCCGAGCGAGCGAGCGAGAGACAGUGCAAAGAGGGAGGCGCAGCGCACGGGCUGUUAGGAAGCGAGAGUUAAAGUCAGCCAAGCAAACAAACAGAAAAAGAGCAGUAGCUGGAGCAGCAAGCAGCAGCAGCUCCCCUCUUGCCCACUUGCAGAAGCGAGGAGGCACGUCGCGGGCAGCAUGACGGCGUGGCUGAGCUUCCUCGUGUUCCUCUGCAGCUGGAACCUGCGGGACUUGGUGGUGGAGGCUUGCACUUGUGUCCCCAUCCACCCGCAGGACGCUUUCUGCAACUCCGACAUCGUGAUCCGAGCUAAAGUUGUGGGGAAGAAGCUCAUGAAAGAUGGACCAUUUGGGACAAUGCGAUACACUGUCAAGCAGAUGAAGAUGUACAGGGGCUUCCAGAUAAUGCCACAUGUUCAGUACAUCUAUACAGAAGCAUCUGAGAGUCUUUGUGGAGUCAAACUGGAGGUCAACAAAUACCAGUAUCUGAUUACAGGCCGUGUGUAUGAAGGGAAGGUUUACACUGGCCUGUGCAAUUGGUAUGAGAAAUGGGAUCGUCUGACUCUGUCCCAGCGUAAAGGACUGAAUCAUCGUUACCAUCUGGGCUGUGGAUGCAAGAUUAGGCCCUGCUACUACUUGCCCUGCUUUGUCACCUCCAAGAAUGAGUGUAUUUGGACAGACAUGCUCUCCAACUUCGGCCACUCAGGAUACCAAGCGAAGCACUAUGCCUGCAUCCAGCGGGUGGAAGGUUACUGCAGCUGGUAUAGAGGAUGGGCACCUCCAGAUAAAACGAUCAUCAAUGCCACAGAUCCCUGAGCACACUAUCCCUUCUGAAUCUCCCCUCUCCCUUACUUGUGGCUGAGCUUUCUUUGGACACUAACUCUUACCAGAUCAUGAUGAUGACAAUGAAAUUAGUGCCUGUUUUCUUGCAAAUUUUAGCACUUCAAACACUUAAAAAAAAAAAAAAAAAAAAAAAAAAAAAAAAAAAGGAAAAAAGAAAAGAAAAAAGUCUGUACUAUCUUACUGAAUUUGUUGUAAUCACCUUUUCUGUUUUUUGAUACCACUCAUUUUGAUCAGAUGACAUUUGGGAGCUUACUUUUGCACACCAGAGGAAAAAAAAAUGAUGGAGUUCUUGCUCUCUUACAUGUAUUAUUAGCUGUAGUGAUACAAUCUCUAUUUUUUUAGGAAAACAAAAAUUUAAAAACUAUGCCAAUUAGGCACUGUAGUCUUCUAUGCGCUCCUGCACUAAGUGCUGAAAAUAUGUAGACAAAUCUAUUUGAAGGAAAACAGGUUUCAUUAAUCAGAUUGGCAAAUGAAACAAACUGAAGAGAAAACUAACCUAAACUCUGGAGAAAAUGACGUCCAAAAGAAAUCCUCCUCUGUGGGAGAGAUUGGCAACUUGAUUGACUCCAGCAGUGGGAGGAUUCACCUGGUGUGUCUGACCACAUUAUCUGGUAAAAGCAUUGUUGACUGACUGUCCUAGCUAAUUCAGUCACAGUGUGAAUGUGACAGCAUGUUUGAAGUUCUGGCUUUCCCCAGGACAAAGGAGAGAGUAUUUUGUAUUUUUCUUGUUGCUUAAAAAAGAAAAACAAAACCCCCUUCCCCUCUCUUCAGGGAGGUAAAUCCACCUACAACAGAGCAGAUGAAAUGCUGUGCCAUGCUGUUUCGAGCAGAGUUGGCCCCUGAAAAUUCUUGCAGCUUAGCUUCAACAGCAGAACUAACUUGUGAAUGCUUAAACAAAACAGAUGCAAAAAUAUCAACUGUAAAUCAAUCACAUGGGAGAGGGAAAGGGGAGAAUUGCUAGAGCUCUUCCUGUAAAAGAAAAUCUAUUGCCAAAAUAGUGUUUUGCUGAACUAAGAUGUAUAUACAUAUAAUGACAUAAGCUAUUUUUGACAGGACAUGGAAUUUUCUUUGGUGUUAUAAACAAAAGAAUGGUUUGAUUGUGUUUUGAAGACAGAAAUAUUGACAUUCCGAGUCAGUGAAUUGUUCUAAAGAUACUGAAGCUCCAGUGUAUCUGCAGUAGUGGCUACAGUCAUGUUUGUUUCCUCUAUACCUCCUAGCACCACAGUUCCUCCCCUGCAGCUACACUAGCUGCACUUGUUUAUAUAGUGAAAGGAAGUGUGUGGAGGAGCUAGGCAAGGAAAAGCAGUCUCCUAAUAAGUGCUGGCUGGGAUCAUAAAAUUCCAGCUGCCCAGAGGAUUCCUUCUUAUCAAGUGCUGUGUUUGCUAACAGUAGGCACUGUUAAGCAUAGCUCUGUGCAUGUGCUCGUACCAUGUCCUGCAGUGAUGUGGGAGGAGGGGCCUUACUGUCCUGUGCUUUGCUGUUGACUGGAGAAGUUUUUUUGUUCUAUUUUGUUUUUUAUUAAGAAAACUAUAAUAUAAUUUUUUCUUAUCAAAUAAAAAUAUUUUAAGUUUUAAUGAUGGUGAAGAAGGGGUGCUGACAAAAUGGGUGACUGAGUUUUGGAUAGGGAGGGUCUGGGCAGGGAGAAGAUUAUGCUUAACUUUGUUUUUGUAUUAUUAUGAUUAUUUAUCUUAAGUUUUCAUGUAUCUUCAGUUCAUUCCACUUAGAAAGCAGAGCUGCCACCAGCAGGUAAAAAUGUUGCAGUGAUGUCAGCCUGGGGCAGUACAGCAUUUUGCAGUCAGUGACCUUUUAAAUCACUGGAGAGUUGCUUGGGGCGUCUUUGCCAAAUGGAGAGGAAAGGGCUUUGUUUGAGGUGGGCACUGGUACAUGGCCAUUUUUUUGUGCUACUUGUAUGCUGCGUACAUUUGCAGACAUACAUCUAUUGAAAUAUGCCAUUUAUGCCAUUUACUGGGAGAAUUCUUACAGCAGAAUGUGCAUAGCUUCAUCUUUAAGAUCAACUUGAAGAGGCACUUUCAAAGAACGAAUAUAGGAGGGGUCAAAGUCGUCUGUGUAUUUUUCAGCUGCUCUGAAUGGUAGUGCAGCACAAAACGCAUGGAAAAUGAAUUGGACUUCCCUGUGAUUCAGGCUUGGAAUGCAAAAGUUCUGUUCCCUGUGACUACUCCUAAAUUAUGGGUUGGAUGUCAGAGGUACUGUAGGGUGCUCCAUAGCACCCAUAAUGGAGUCAGGUAGUGGGUCAGAAUCUUGUCUCUUUUGAUAGAGUAUUGGAUUGAGGUUUUAUUAGAGUGAGCCAAUUUCUCCUUUUGCUGUGCAAUGCCAACAAAAUCACCAUGGGCAACUGAAGGCAGAAGGGAACCAACCUCACGAGCCCUGACAGUUCCACCCUAACUGCUCGCAUCAUGUGGAAUUGUUGUUGUUGGGAGACAGCCCUCAACAAACUCGAGGUGAUUUUGCAAAGCUGCCGUUCUUCAAACCGCAGCCACUGUUCAUGCCUUUGGAAGGCUAAAUGAAAAAGCCUCUCACUGAAGCAAAGUGUUGAUUUCAUUUUUUCAUUAAAUUGCAGCUCUGCGUAUUUUACCUGCUCACUGACUCUUAUAGCUAGCUGAGACAUCACAGUAUUGCACUCAAAUUAUUGUGAAAAUAUUUGCAUUCUAAUGCUAUGAGGACUUGUGUCCCUAUGUAGGAUAUGAUGUAGUUGUGUGCUUUGUAAACAAAAAAAAGCAACCCCAUUACCAUAAAAUUUUUCUUGAAGCAAAUUCCCAUUUUAUAUUGUAGAGGGUAAAAUAUUUCUGAGAUGCUAACAGCUAGACCACUGGCAAGAGUAAGGGUUUGAUAGCAAAUCUUAUCCCUUGCUGUGUAAAGAAACAGUUGUUAAGGCUUUUAGAAAUGUGGAUCCAAAAGGAGGGGGAAGAAUCCAGUAAAAAUACAUUUCUUUCGGGAGGCUUCUUUACUUCAUUUCUGUGCAUGCUAUCAGGGACACGUAUUUCUAAGGGUAAGCUUUAGCUUGUGCUUGCGUUAAGAACCUUGCACGAAGGCCUCCUUUAAGCAGGAUGCCAUUAAAUGGAUUGACAGGCUCUAAAUCAGGCUUAAGACUUCUGUCUUUGUCUGCUCUCUUCUUCUACCAGUCACUUCCGCCUGCCAAUGAACAAAACUUGCCCCCCUCGUUAGAAGAGGCCAUGCAGUAUGUGGGCAUACCAGACAUGGGGAAUGUGAAGAGGGCAGGUAUGAAGUCUUCUCAGACUGCUAGGCUCUGGAGUAUACAAGGGGCUUGCAGCAGCGCAGGUAUCUUCUUGUCAAGUUUAACAUGCUCUUCACUCCAUAAGCUAAGAUUAAAGAGGAGCUGUCAGUGGCACAUGUGUGCCAUGUACAGGAUGAAGGCUUUUUUUCUUAUGCUUUAGAUGUAUCAGCUUUAUUAAAAGUACUUUUUAAAACGGCUAGGUCGUAUUUCUAGACUGUUGCUUUGUUAUUUAUAGAUAUUUUCCUUAUUUGCUUGAGAGUGUUUUCCCAUUUGGAAUUACAAAAAUAUGAAAAAUACUUGGAAGGUUUGGGAGAACAUGGUUGUUCUGAUUUUUCCUUUUCCUAAAAGGGAAAGGGCAAAGAGCAGAAAGAGAUCUGUGCAUGGAGUACCUUAAAAUCCUCUUGAAGUCACUGGGACACAGUGAUUCUUUUCUGUAGGAGGGUAAUGGGACAAAACUGCAAUCUUAGGCCUAAAGUUCCCUUAUUUUGAAGAGCUGCAUGAUCUUUUAGAUAAGAAUAUUCUAAAACCUGAACAUAGCACCCUUUUCUGUUCUUACUGGUUGGAGCAAAAUGAUACCUCAGGGUGGUGGUGAACACAUCAUUAUGUUUUUAUAGUAAGAAGUUUUGAAGUGAAGGCCUCCAUAGGAACAAGUUCCCAUUUUUUUCAGAGGACUUUCUGACUAUAUCGCAUUUAUAAUGUUAUUUGUAGCUUAGAAGGGCAGGACAAAAUUUUGGGAACUGCACAAACAUUUUUUUUUAAAUGCGUUUUCAAAGCAAAUCUCUUUUGAGGUUACCAGUCUUGCCAAAAACAAACAAACAAACAAACAAAAAAACUACUAAGCAUUCGCUGCUGCUUUGCCUGUACUGGUUUCUGAUUCUCUCUGACACUGUCCUUCCUUCAUAGAGCCACUCUGCUGUUCCUGAUAGUCGCAGAAAUUUGGGAAGGGAACCAAACCCCUGUGAAAAAUCUUGUGCAGAAGGAAUGUAUUUGCUAAAUUUUGUAGCACUGUUUACAGUUUUCCUCCAUGUUAUUUAUAAAUUUUAUAUUCAGUGAAUGUAUAUUGUCUUUUAAGGUAAUGUUGCAUAAUGUUCACUUUUUAUAGUGUCCUUUUAUUCUAAACAGUAAAGUGGUUUUAUUUCUAUCACAAA